AUGUCGAACUCUGGAGGACGAUUUGCACCUUACAGAAACGCUUUCACCGCGAUUUCUGGGAGGACGGGAACACCACUAUCUUCUCUCAUCGUCUCCUUCGCCAUCCUCCAUGAAUUAACUGCCAUUGUUCCCGUCGUGGGUAUUUUUUACGCGGCACGCAGUCUAGGCGCAGGCGAGCACGUCGUCAACGCUGUUGCUCUCAAACGAGGUGACUCUAUCGAUGACCAGUCUUGGGUGAACACCCAGCUGAUAUCAUUGGUUGACGAGGGCGAGCGAUGGGCUGGUCGUGUCGGCCGUCGAUAUGGCAUCUUCGGCUUUGAGAAAGGUGAACUUGUUGACCAGGCUCGGACGAGCGACUUGCCUGGGAAGCUAGCGGGGGACGUCGCCAACGCCGUUCUGGCUUAUGGUGCAGUCAAGGCACUUUUACCCGUCCGCAUUGGUCUUUCAUUAUAUGUUUCCCCGAUGUUUUCUCGGGCAGUUGUAGAGCCGAUUAGAUUAGGUAGCCUUCGUCUAUUAGGACGCAGACCGAAAUCUUUGUAA